CUUUGACUGCUUCCCCUCAAGCAUCCUCGGGAACAAAGCAACAUGCGCUGACAAUGGGAAACACAAACAGCAGCACCCAUAAGAUCUCUGCUCAGGACCGGUGAGACCCUUCCCCUCUUUCCAAUGGGGUUCGCCCUGUUGCUGCCUCCAUCAGCGCCCACCGGCACGGGUCACGAGCCUCAUUUCCCGUCUCCGACCGAUAAACUAAUGCUCUUAACGCUCAGGGCAAUCCUUGACCUCAAGAACCAGCGAGACAAGCUCCACCAAUAUCAGAAGCGAAUUACCGUCUUGACAGACCGCGAAACCGAAAUCGCGAAGCAAUGUCUCGCCAGGAAUGACCGCAAGCGCGCUUUGCUUGCCCUGCGUCGCAAGAAGUACCAGGAGUCGCUGCUAGAUAAGACCGACAAACAGCUCGAGCAGCUCGAACAGCUUACGGGGCAGAUUGAGUUUGCGCUGGUUCAGAAGGAUGUCCUUUUCGGCUUGCAGCAAGGGACCAAGGUCCUGCAGACCAUUAACAAGGAGAUGGGUGGUCUUGAGGGGGUGCAGAAACUGAUGGGCGAGACGGAGGAAGCGAGAGCCUAUCAAGAGGUAAGCUUUUAUUGUCAAUGGUUAUUUGAAAAGGUUAUUCUGGAUUGGAUGCUGACGAGUUGGUGAUGGUUGUACAGGAAAUCAGCGAGAUGCUUGCUGGACGCUUGUCCACUCAGGAUGAGGAUGAAGUUGAAG